AUGGAGACUAACGAGCUAGGAAGCAUAGGAGCAGACGGCUCAACGCCAAUAAGAAAAAUACUGAGAGAAAAUAAAUCCGAGGAGUGGACAGAGGUGCUGGAGGGGCACGGAGUGCACUGUGUCCGGGACCUGAGAAGAGUGAAGUAUGCGGACCUUGUCCAGUUCGGGAUAACAGAGUUCGAGCCCAGGAAGAAGAUAUUUGAGCUUAUCAAGCAGCUCAACACCCAGUUUCCGCAGGAGCCUGGGUGGCGCGCGUCUAUAUACCAGAAGAUGCAGAUGCUUUCCCGGGGCAGUGUGGAGCACGCGGGGGCAGGCAAUGUGCAGGCCCCCCAAAGCACGGGAGGCAAGGCCGGCGCCUGGGGAGAAGGCAGCCCAUCUGGCCUGUUCUCGGAGCGCAGCCCAGAUCCAGGCGAAAAGUCGGCGCUCUCGAGAGCGGGGGUGUUUUCCCCGAUAAAAGGCGCGGAGGAGCAUCCGGAGAGCGACCUUGGGCUGGCUGCCAGCCAUCUGGAGGGCGACCGCAGCAGCCUGCAGAUGGACAAUGCGUCGCGCCUAGGCGCUGGAAGGAGGAUUUCUGUGCUGAAGGAGGGGUACAGCCCAGGAAGCGUCUGGAAGAGAAAAAGAGAGAUGAUAGAAGAAAUAAUGAAGGAGGCAGAGGACAGCAUUAUCGAAGACGACUUGGAGAUGGAAGAGCAGACGCAUCUGUCAAUAGCAGACCCGGACACCACCACAGAGUAUCUGUCAAUAGGCUCCGCGGAGGGAAAGGCAGACUUAAACAGCUGGUGCGAGCCCAAAGAAGAGGCAAGCAGCCUUCCGGAAAGCGGGAGAAUAUCGGUGGUCGUCAGAAAGAGGCCGAUAAAGAAGGGCGGAAAGAGAGACACAGUGUCUAUAUUCGGGCCUGAGGUGGUUCUCACGGAAAGCCGGCUGAAAGUCGACUUGACCCCGUACAUGGAGCCGCACCGAUACACGUUUGACCGGGCGUAUGGGGAGAACAAUAGCACGGAAGACAUAUACCGGGAGUGUGUGCAGGGGCUGGUUGAGUAUGCGCUGGGCGGCGGAAGUUCUACAUGCAUAGCCUACGGGCAGACGGGAAGCGGAAAAACAUACACCAUGCUGCACGAGCACACGGGGGUGAUUGCGCUUGCGCUUAGGGACCUUCUGCGGCAGAGAAUCCGCAUUUCUUUCUACGAAAUAUACUCGAACAGCAUAUACGACCUGCUGGACGACAGAAAAAAGAUAUUUGCACGGGAAAAGGACGGGGUGGUUUCUAUUGUAGGCAUUAAAGAGUGCGUGGUCGGAAGCCUGGAGGAGGCGUCGGGGCUUAUUAGGCAGGGGCUGCAGUGCCGAAUGACGGGGAAAACCGGGGCCAACAGCAACUCGUCUAGGUCGCACGCGCUGGUCCGCGUGCGCACAGACACGGGAAUAUUCACGUUUGUGGACCUGGCGGGCAGCGAGAGGGGCACGGAAAGGGGGUCUGAGUGCCAGCAGUUGCUCAUAAAAAGAGAAGGGGCAGAGAUCAACAAGAGUCUUUUGGCGCUGAAGGAGUGCAUCCGGGCCAUGGACAAGUCGGCCACACACCUUCCUUUCCGGCACAGCAAGCUAACGCAGGUGCUGAAAGAGUCCUUGGUUGGCGAGUCCAAGUGUUGUAUAAUAGCCACAAUAUCCCCAGAAGAGGCUUCGACCGAGCACUCUCUAAACACGCUCAGGUAUGCGUACCGAAUAAGAGGGCUGGGCCUGAAGGGAGAGGGCGCUCCGCCAAGCAGCCGCCCAAAGAGCGCGCUGAAGGCGCCUGCAGGCCAGACAAGAUCCGCGCCGCAGGCUGCGCAGGCAUACGUUUCGGGCGCACCCCCGCCAGCCAGAAGCACAGUGCCUUCCACGCCUAUAAAGGAGAUGCGCGCUGCAGAGAGGCAGUCGCCUGCCAGGCAGAAGGGCCUGAUUCAGCAGGCGUUGGCAUCCGUUGCGAGCCGAAUAGUGAGAGAGACCGACCCUGAGGUGCUAGAGGUGAUGCGGGAGGCGCUGCUAGACAUUGCCAAGUAUCAGAAAACGCGGUAG